UAGCAGGCAAAUUGGAGAAGAAACAAAGAGGGAGCGAAAAUUGAUAGGAUGUUCGUUGGCGGGCGCUUCUCUGUUGGAGCCCGUGUCGCUGUGGCAUUGGCUUCAGUAUUAAUCUUCCUCUCCCUCUUCGCUGACUGCGCCAACAACAACGAUUCUCAGGAGAAAUGCAGUAGAACCUGUGUUGCCCAGAACUGUAAUUCGGUUGGAAUUAGAUACGGGAAGUAUUGUGGAGUAGGGUGGACUGGGUGUCCUGGAGAGAAACCGUGUGAUGAUGUCGAUGCCUGUUGUAAGAUUCACGAUGAGUGCGUCGAGAAGAAAGGUUUGAAUAAUAUCAAGUGCCACGAGAAGUUCAAAUCUUGCAUAAAGAAAGUCCAGAAAUCCGGUAAGGUUGGGUUUUCUCGGGAUUGCACUUAUGAAACAGCUGUUCCUACUAUGGUGCAGGGAAUGGAUAUGGCCAUUUUACUUUCCCAGUUAGGCAGCUCAAAGAUUGAACUAUAAACUUUUCAAAAGUCGAAAAGAGCAAUACCAGGCAUUGUAUUCUUCUUUUUCUUUUUUCUUUUUUUCAUUCAGCCAAUUCGAGUCGUUAAGACUUCUUGAACGUGAAGUUUCCUUACCUGAAUCCUGAUCUUUAGCCAGGUCUUGGUCCUUCAUCCUCCAAUUUUCCUAGCGUGCCUCAUUUUAGAUAUUAUCAUCUUAGGCUUUUAUCAUCUCCAGCAAAUAGUCCCUAGAUGAGAUAGCAGGAUCAUCAACAAGGGGAAACCCGCAAGGCCAGAAUGGAAAAAAAAAUAUCAUAUUGGGACACUCAUUUGUAUAUCAGUAAUGAUUCCAGCCUCACGCUAUAUUUUUUUUUGGGAAUUAGACUGCAAUUCUUACAUAACCUUUUCCUUAGGAUGAUCAAUGCAAGGUAGUGUGCUGAAACUACCGAAAUUGAGUGGUAGCAGGAGUGCAGGGCUUGUUAGGAUUUGUCCUGUCAACUUUAUGUUCUGAAGUUGAACUUGAUUUCUGGCACAGUUUAUUCCUGUACUACCCCUUAUUUUCUUUCUGAAAAUAUUUAUUGUCAUUGUUUAA